AUGACUACAAGCAUAAUUUUUCAAAUUGAAAUGUUUGAAAAUUCUCGAUUUCAAUGGGAGAGAUGGGUGAAACGAUUGGAAGGUGCUUUUGAUGUGUUUCAAAUUGAAGAGAAUAAGAAACUGCCAUACCUACUACAUUAUAUGGGACCUGAUACAUAUGAUCUUCUUUGCGACAAGCUUUCACCUAACAAACCUACAGACAAGACAUACAAUCAAGUUGUUAAACUUUUACAAGAUUACUACAGUCCUGUUCCUUUGGAAAUUGCAGAAAAUUUUAGAUUCCAUCAACGCAAACAGCACGAAGGCGAAGGUAUUCAGGAAUUCUACACUGCUUUGCAGAAGUUAGCAAUUCAUUGCAAUUUUGGAGAUUACCAAAAGAAGGCUCUGAGAAACCAAUUCGUGUUUGGCAUGCGGAGUGAGAAAAUACAAAAUAGACUUCUUGAAACAAAGGACCUUACAAUGGACAAAGCAAUAGAAAUUGCUGUUGGAAUUGAACUUUCAGCUAGAGACACCGCACAAUUACACAGAGGAGUUUCAAACAGCGGUACAAUUGGAGCUGUGGGUAUAAACAGACCACACAUGAAAUACAAUUCCAAGAAAGGCAAAUUCAAUACAUCCAAUACAAGCAAGAAAACCAAUAAUUUUAGUGGCGUGAAAUGUUAUAGAUGUGGAGGAAGCCAUUACGCAAAUUCGUGCGACAAAAGCGAUUUGGUGUGUAACUUUUGUAGAAUCAAAGGACAUGUAGAAAAAGUAUGUACAAAGAAGAAACAUUUUCAUAAUGCAGACCAGAUUGAAGAAAUUGUACAUAUUGAGGAAUCUUCCCAGUCGAAGUACAGAGAAAAAUUUAUGUCACGCAUUAAAGUAGGUAAUAAGAAUAUCAAUUUUGAGGUGGACAGUGGAGCCGCAGUUACAAUUAUGGGUAAGAAACAAUUUGACGAACUUUUUCAUGACUUUACCAUUUUUGACACAAAUGUCAAAUUAAUUUCAUACUGCAAAACUAAUUUGAAUGUAUUAGGUUAUGCUCAUGUCCCAGUUAUUUACAAUGGUACAUCUUACAAUUUGAAUCUUUACAUAGUUUCGUGUAAUCGUCAACCUUUACUUGGCAGAGAAUGGAUUCGCCAAAUAAAUUUAAAUUUUUGGGAAGUACGAAACGUCCAAAACUACACUGAAGGUGCAUCAGAUAUAAUUACCAAGUUGACUACAAAGUACAGUAAGGUAUUUACAUCUGGUAUUGGAAAAAUACAUAACAUACAAGCACGUUUACAAUUAAAAGAAAAUACAACGCCUAUAUUUUGUAAGGCGAGAUCAGUACCUUUUGCAUUAAUGUCAAAAGUUGAAACUGAAAUUGAUAAUUUAGUAACACAAGGUAUUUUGACUAAGGUAAAUUUUUCAACAUGGGCUACACCCAUUGUACCGGUUGUUAAAGCCAAUGGAAAGAUACGCAUAUGCGGAGAUUUCAAAGUUACAUUGAAUUCUUAUUUACAAGUCGAUGAACAUCCAUUACCAACAAUUGAUGAGCUUUUCUCAUCAAUGGCUGGUGGUGAAAAGUUUACAAAGAUAGACUUAAGUCAAGCUUACUUACAUUUAGAAGUGCAUCCUGAUGAUAGGCAUUUACUAACAUUGAAUACCCAUAAGGGCCUAUAUCAAUGCAACCGUUUAAUGUUCGGUAUUGCUUCUGCACCUGCUAUUUGGCAGCGGCAGAUGGAAAAACUAUUAGAAGGGAUUCCUGGU